AGAAGCCUUAAGCAUCACAGAUAGAUAUAAUUCACAAACAACACAAUCGAAGAGAAUAAGCAGCGGGGGAAAGAGAGAAAGAAAGAAAACCCGGAAUCUAGAAACAACCACCAAAACCCUCUAUUUUUCUUCCCAAUAACCACGUUUUUUUCUUUCUAUUCUUCUUCAUCUCAAUUCCAUUUCACUCUUUCGAGAUCUUCUUCUGCAAUGCCCACUUUGUAGUCGACAACUCAAUCUCACAGCUUCCUUUUCCCCUUUUCAUCGAUACCUAUUAUUUUCUAGGUAUCAAUAACCCUCUCAUUCUUUUUUUUUCCGAUCAAUUUUAGUCUUCUUUUACAAUUAGGGUUAGGUUUUUUGUUACCGAUUCCUGGUUUGUAUGUACUCAGCUUGUUUCUGUUGCUGGAUUUUCUAGGGUUUCAUUGGAUCGUUACUUAAUACUUGCUCAAUUUGGAAUUUCGGACUGAUUAGGGUUGCGUGAAAUGGGCACAUGCUCCGAUCUCUUUAGAGGUUCGAAUUGUGGAUUUGGAAUUACCGUGCUUCACCGUUUGUACUUGGAGAUUGUUUAUUCUUAAGAUGCUCUUUAACAUUGCUUAUAUGAGCAUGGAAGAGGAUUGUUUAUAUUAAACCAAUAUUAGAUACCCUGCAAAGCCUGAGUUUUUUCAUCUCUUGGUCUUUUUCAUCUUUGUUGGGACAUCAUUGUGGUUUAGGGCCAUCACUAUAAGGAAAAUCUGAUACCAGCUUAAUACAUACUAUUGUAAAGAUUUUAAUCCUAAGCAAAUAGUUAAUGAGCUUGUGUUGAAUCAUUUAGAUUUGUACUACUAGUUAGCUUGAAUAAGUGAUUCCACGUAGAUUUUGAAUCGAAUUUUAGUAGUAUUAGUUUAGGCUAUUUGUAUAUUUGGUGAAAGGAAGUAAGCCCUAGUGGUUUCAAUAAUUUGUGUUUGUAGUGAGUAAGGAGCUUAUGGAGGAAUAUUAAAGCUUGAAAUGAAUGCAGUGACAUGGUGCAUGGACAGGAGAAUAGUUGCCGGUUCGAUUGCUUUCUGGAACACUACUACUGGAAAGUGAUUGAAGCAUUCUCAGUUUGGCAGAGAGGAUACACUGGGCAUAUCUGGAUUUUGUGCAAUGUCGCGGUGCUUUCCAUUUCCGCCACCAGGAUAUGAAGGGAAAUCUAGAACAGAUGAUGUGGAUUUACUAAAAAAGGAAAGACGCAGAGAAAAAAAACGUAAAAAGGAGGAAAAGGAAAAGGAGAAGAAGGAAAGAAGGGAAAAUGGAGAGAAAGAAGGAAGGGAUGGAAAACAUAAGGAUAAAAAGGACAAAAAAGAAAAAAAGAAAAAAAGGGAUAAAGACAAGGACAAGGACAACGGUAAAGAUAAAAGUAAAAUCAGUGCUACGGACAGAAAAGGAUUUCCAGCUCAAGCUCAAGGUCUUAAUGAUGGUAAUAAUCUACAUCAAAAGGAAAUCAAACAAAAUGACAAGGCUUUCUUGUUUGAUGAUAGACUUACCAAACAGUAUGCCAGUUACAAUGGAGAGAAGGCCAGAGAGAAUAAUCAUCAGGUUGACGAGAAUAGGGACUCUAAAUUCCGCAUGGAGUUGGACAGGAGGAUUAGGGACAGUGAUGGAGGAGCUGGGAAUUCAUUGGCUCAAAAGUUUUCAACUGCAGACCGUGGAAAGGACGAGGAGACUGUUAUGCUGGUUGCUAAGAGUAUUGGCGCUGGCAGUAGCACCUGGCCUGAUGGAAAGGAGAAGUUCCAGGACAGGGGUGUCAAUGCUAAAAAGAUUGUUGGGAGAGGAAUUCAGGCUGAGACCCGAUCAAUUGGAAAUGCAACAGUUCAGAAUCAUGUUGUUGAUGGUAAAAAGAUUGGCACCUGGCCUGAUGGUAAGGAGAAGUUCCAGGAUAAGGGUGUCGAUACUAAAAAGAUUGAUGGGAGAGGCAUCCGGAUUGAGGCCCGGCCAAUUGGAAAUGCAACAGUUCAGAAUCAUGUUGAUGGUAAGAAGAUUGGCACCUGGCCUGAUGGUAAAGAGAAGUUCCAGGAUAAGGGUGUCGAUUCUAAUAAGAUUGAAGGGAGAGGCAUCUGGACUGAGGCCCGACCAAUUGGGAAUGCAACAGUUCAGAACCAUGCUGGAAACUGUCUUCCUAGGGUUGACGAAAAGCCCAGACCUUUGGAGAAUAAUUUUGACAAAAUUUUGGAAGGAGCAGAAAAGGCUAAGGAAAAAAAAGAUGAUAAACGAGGAGAUAAAAGGAAAGAUGAUAAAAAGGGUGAUAAAAGGAAAGAAAAAGAUAAGAAGAAGAAAGGGCACGGGAAGGACAAAGACAGGGAUAAAGAGAAAAAAAAGGAGGAGAAAGCAAAGCAGAAGCUUGAAUAUAGAAAUGGAGAGCAGAAUAAAUUAAAAGACAGCAACAAAGCCAGUCCAGUGGGCCCAAAUUCUUCCACACAAGUAUCCAAGAACUACCAUGAGAAUUCUAUCUUUGAGGAAAAUCUCAAGAAACGGAAGGAAAUUGAUUCAAAUGGAGUUCUACAUGUCAAUGACAGUAGGCCCAUUAAGUUGCCAAGACCCUCUUCCUCUCAUCCUUUCUCUGAAAAUGGGAGGACAUUGGAACCUUGCCAAAUUUCCCUUCAAAGUGUUUCAGAUGGGCCAAGAGACCCCAUUAAUGGUAAACUAGAAAACAAGGAACGGAAGAAAAAUGGCAUCAUUGAGGCUCCAACAUCUGUGGUUUCUCCAAACAAGAUUCCCACCGCCAUUGUGCCAGCUGUUCCCACCACUAAAGUAUCACCAUCUGUGGUUUCCGCAAACAAGAUUCCCACCGCCAUUGUGUCAGCUGAUCCCGCCACUAAAGUAUCAACAUCUGUGGUUUCCCCAAACAAGAUUCCCACGGCCAUUGUGCCAGCUGAUCCCGCCACUAAAGUAUCAACAUCUGUGGUUUCCCUAAACAAGAUUCCCACUGCUACUCUGCCAGCUGAUCCGGUGACUAAAGUAUCAACCAAACCACCCCAUCCAGAUACCAAGUACAUAAGUCAGGUAUAUUCCGUACCGAAAGCAAAUGAGUGGUCUGAUUUUGUUGACCAAGAGUGGCUGUUUGACAACAAUCGUUCGCAAGAACAAAAACCCGUGGUGAAAUCUUCAGAGGUUGCGGAUACACUGCAGGUAUGGGCAGAAGCUGUGCAUAUAGAGCCUGCAGAUGUUUUUGCUCUACCAUAUGUCAUCCCAUAUUGAUCAUCCAUGUGGCAUACGAAACUUAUCUGCACAAAACCUCCUGUUGCCUAACCUAUCUGGGAGGAACAGCAGCCUAUGGGCUAGAAAUAUAUUCCACACUUGCUGAUUCAUUCUUUUAUCAUUUGCACGCUAACCAGCUGUUUGGAUGGAGACUUAUGUCUGGCUGAGACUGCCUUGAUCUUGAAGUGAUUUGAAGGGAAACUUAUGCUGCAAAGUGAUUGCAUAAUUUGCAUGCCUGGUGCAUUGCUGCAGGCCAAGUUGAGGGUGCACUUUAUAGCGACAAUUCAUUCACAAAUAGACCUCAUAGAGGUAAAUCACAGGUUGUGGAAAAUGGAUGUACAAGCUUGUGCAACUUUUGUUUUCUUCGUUAAAAAAUUAUUUUUGCCUAGAGCUGAGCCUGGGCAGCUAGCUUAUUUCUAAUUGAGAAUGAGAAUUUGAGAGAAAUUAGAUAUGGUUUAUGCAAACCUCAACACAAUUUUGAUUUGUAACAUAGAACUUUUAUUUACAAGAAUAUGUAUGAUAGAGGGGAAAAGUAAUAGUCUGAUUAA